GAGCGGAAAGGUCAUGAAGCACGUCCUGCGGAAGUGGGCGAAGGACUUGGCGAAGAAGGACGUUGGUCGCGCCGGCGCGCCAACGGCAGCAACCUAUACUUCAUGACGCGUAGCGAUGCUGGCGGUCAAUGCAAGGACAUUGCGAACUCGCUCGUAACUGUCAAGACCGAGCCAAAGGAGCUGAUAUUGUGUAUAAAUUGGCAUCGUGUAACAACAUGUGCGGCGUCUGUCACGGUAGGGAAAUUGCGGGGGUUGCUCAAUGGACCGUAGUUCCUCUUACUUUCGUCCGAACUUUGGACCAGGCCUCACCCUGUAUCCGGCCCUCCCAGUCUGAUUUCCCAGCUACUUUUGUCCGCCGAUCCUCAAUACUUCGGCUUUUAGUCUUUCGCACCCCAUGGCACUUAGCCGCGUACAAUAGUCAUUGUGGUCGACAGUCCGAUACUGGGUUCCACCCGCUUCGUUCGGAUAGGAUGUGGCAUAGGCCAGUCCACGGUGCUGCCCAGUGUCACCCGGAUGGUCUCAAUCCCCUUUGGCCAGCGCAACUGGUCGGCUUUUGUCUGGAUAGUAUCAGGCCUGAGGCUCCCGAGGAUCCGCAGUUAAGUAUGACUAUCAGCAGUGUCGACCUACCGACGCCAGGCACACAGGUUCAUUUGUCGCAACCGAUGCCUCUGCAGAUCGUGCUAAUUGAACGUUUUCUUCCUUCGCUGCUCCACCAGUGGAGUGCAUGUAUUUCCCCGUCCUACACCUCGGUAGGUUGGACUAUCAUAAUCACCUUCUACUCGCCUCCGCAAUACCCUCUCCCGCGCUGUGGUGCCCUGCUGACGUUGUGCCGUCCGCCCGCUGGUUUGCGCUUACGCGCCACGCACCCUGUAUCAUGCGGGCUUGGUAAACGGGGGUGCUGAUUGCGCAGCCCGUGUUGACAUCGAUUGGCAGCGCUGGCCUCGAAAGCUGUGGCAGACGGCUGUAUAUGGCGAUCCUGCCCACCAGACGCCAUCCGUCACUUAUCCGUCACGGUGCACGGGACCGCGUCGUCACGCCUACACCGUGCGAAAGUAAGCCUAUAGUGGAGCGUUACGACGCGUCGUCUGCUUCGCAGUUCUACGUGAC